AUGGAACAGAACAUGAAGGUUUUGAACGUUCGCCAUCAUAAGAAACGUGAUCAAGCGCAUUCUGUUGUGGGAACUGGUAACUAUAUGGCACCGGAAGUCAUUUUAAAGAUUGGUCACACGCAACUUUGUGACUGGUGGUCAGUUGGUGUCAUACUGUAUGAAAUGGUUUUCGGUAGGCCUCCAUUCAUGUCCGUUGCUGAUGAUCCGAAAGAGACUCAGUACAAGAUUAUCAAUUGGCCACGAUAUCUUGAUGUUUCUCCGCGAGCCGGAGGUGCUCACCUGUCGCGUGACUGCAUCUCACUUAUACAGCGUCUGUGCUGUGACAAAAAUAACAGAAUCGGGUCGAUUGGAGCGCGAGAAGUGAUGGAUCAUCCUUGGUUUAGAGGCAUCGAUUUCAAAAAUCUACGAUCUACACGUGCUGAAUAUAUACCGAGGGUUGAGCAUGCUGAAGAUACGUCCAACUUCGAGGCUGUUGAGGUAACCGAGUCACCGUUCGAAACCUUGGGCAAACGAGCUCCAAAUAACCCGGCUUUCUACGAGUUCACUUUCCGUCACUUUUUUGACACCGAUGGUCAGGGUUGUCCAAGUCUUCGACCGCCACAAAAACGUCCACCGCUUGCGCCAUUGUUUGAAAGUACUGGGGCAAGGCAUGAGACAGUGAGCAGCUCGGAGUCGAUCGUGAUUUGA